AUGAGACCAUCACCUUCAAUUCCUGCAUGGGCCUUUCUUGCACUAUUUACUCUUUUCCAGUGGAGACUGCUUCUCUUUUUCAUCUGCUUUUCCUUCCCAUCUCCGGCUGCAGCCACAGUGACUCAAAGCAUGGCUGCAAACAAGACUGAUGAUGAAGCGUUGUUGGCCUUCAAAUCAAAAAUUAGUCAAGACCCUCGUGGAGUUCUAAACUUGUGGAACGAUUCUCUCCAUUUCUGCAAGUGGCCAGGCGUUACGUGUGGCCGCCGACACAGGAGAGUCACCAUGAUCAGUCUAAGAUCAAAGAACUUGGUAGGCUUGUUGUCACCUUCUGUGGGAAAUCUUAGCUUCCUUCGAGAGAUAACACUAACUAACAACACCAUUCAUGGUGAAAUUCCACAUGAAAUUGGUAAAUUAUUUCGGUUGCAAGUUUUGACACUGACCAAUAAUUCGUUAGAGGGCCAAAUUCCAUCAAACUUGUCCCGUUGCACCAAUCUCAUAGAUCUAUCUCUUGGCAACAACAAAUUAAGAGGUAAAAUUCCUGAAGAACUUGGCUACUUGUCAAAGCUCACACAGCUAUCAAUUUACGAGAACCAUCUUCAAGGAGAGAUACCACACUCUGUUGGCAACUUUUCCUCUCUGGAAAUUCUAUCUGGAUCUGAAAAUUUCUUUGAGGGAAGUAUUCCACAAGCUCUUGGUCAGUUGAAGAGCUUAACUGCCCUUGGGCUUGGAGGGAAUAAACUAUCUGGUAUGAUCCCUUCUUCUCUGUAUAAUUUAUCACUGAUUACUAUUUUCUCUUUCGGUGAUAAUCAACUCCAUGGAAGCCUUCCAUCCAAUUUAGGCCUGUCUUUUCCUCAUCUCCAACAAAUCGAUGUCCGGAAUAACCGAUUUGUUGGGCAAAUUCCAUUGUCAAUAUCUAAUGCUUCUGAACUCCGACUUGUUUUAUUAGCAUAUAACCAUUUCAAUGGAAAGAUAUCAAACUCAUUUGGAAGUCUACCAUAUCUCACACUAUUGGGUUUGAAUGAGAAUAGUCUAGGAGAUGGAGAAGAAGAUGAAAUGCAUUUUCUUGGUUCUCUAGCCAACUGCAGCAGUUUGAAAGUUCUGGGAAUAGGUGAAAACAGAUUAGGAGGCUCGUUACCCAAUACAGUGGGCAACCUUUCAACCUCUAUGUUUUAUUUUGGACUGUCAGGAAAUCAGAUAUCUGGAGUUAUCCCUGAAGAUAUUGGAAAUCUAGUUGGCUUGACCCUGUUUGAUUUGAGUCGAAACAGAGUCAGUGGGAAGAUACCAAGUUCUAUUGGUAACCUUCAGAACUUACAAAGAUUGUCACUUUAUGACAAUGGACUUUCUGGAAGAAUUCCUUCUGCUGUCGGAAACUUGUCAUGUGGCAGCAUACCCUCAGAACUCUUUGGCAUUUCCUCUCUGUCAGUUUCACUAAGUCUAGCUCAUAACCAAUUAACCGGUCCCUUGCCUUCAUCUCUCGGCAAUCUGAAGGACUUGGGGGAAUUUGAUGUCUCCUGGAACAGGCUGUCCGGUGAAAUUCCUACUAGCAUUGGAGCAUGUCAAAGCCUUGAGAAAUUAUACAUGGAGUAUAAUUUCUUCCAUGGAUCAAUUCCUUCCUCUUUCAGUUCCUUGAUGGGUAUUCAGAAACUUGAUCUUUCUCACAACAAUCUUUCAGGAAAAGUUCCAAAUUAUUUUGAAAAAAUUCGAUUCAUAUAUUUAAAUUUAUCCUACAACAAUUUUGAGGGGGAGAUUCCAAAGAAGGGGGUUUUCACAAAUGUGAGUGCAGUGUCAGUUGUUGGAAAUCAAAGACUUUGUGGAGGUAUCUCUCAACUGAAAAUGCCUAAAUGCCCCAGCAAAGAACCGAAGAAACAACAGAAAACUUUUCGUUUUCAUUUGUUAGUGAUCAUCAUCAUACCUUGUGCUGUUCUGGGAUUGAUUGUAGCGUCGUCUUCCCUGUUCUGUUGGUUCAGAAAGAAAAAAGAACAAAGUUCUGGUGCUUCAGUGAAGGAAAGUCCAUUUGCCCAAAUCUCCUAUGAAAAACUCCUUAGAGCAACAGGUGGCUUUUCUCUGUCUAAUUUGAUCGGUGUAGGCAGUUUUGGCUCAGUGUAUAGAGGAAGCAUUGAUGAUGAUGGAACACUCACUGCAAUCAAGGUACUUGACCUUCAACGUCGAGGUGCUUCCAGGAGUUUCACAGCUGAAUGUGAAGCAUUGAGAAAUAUUCGCCAUCGAAAUCUUGUAAGGAUCAUAACUUCUUGUUCGAGCAUCGAUUUCCAAGGUAAUGAUUUCAAGGCUCUAGUUUAUGCAUACAUGCCUAAUGGGAGUUUAGAGACCUGGCUACAUCCAGUUCAAGAAACAUAUGAAGGUGAUCAGCAACAUGAAGUUGAGAAUAAUCUAAGCCUUGUUAGGAGAAUCAACAUUGCCACUGAUGUGGCACAUGCACUCGAUUAUCUUCAUCACCAUUGUCAUCAACCAAUCAUUCAUUGUGAUCUAAAACCAAGCAAUAUUCUUCUUGAUAGCGACAUGACUGCCCAUGUUGGAGAUUUCGGGCUAGCAAGAAUUCUUCCAGAACUCAACAAAACAAACCAAAGCAGCUCAAUUGGAAUAAAAGGAACUAUUGGAUAUGCUGCGCCAGAAUAUGGUCUUGGAAGCGAACUAUCAGUAGAAGGCGACAUAUACAGUUAUGGGAUUCUACUUCUGGAGAUGAUAACAGGGAAGAGACCAACAGACAAUAUGUUUGAUAGUGGUCUUAACCUUCAUAGCUUCGCUAGAAAAUCCCUUCCUCACAAUGUUAUGGAGAUGGUCGAUCCAGUGCUUCUUGGGGAUGAUAUUGAAAUCAUGACAAAGGGACAAUCGACAAACGCUGGUAAUAGAAUGGUGGAAUGUCUAAUUUCCAUAGUUGAAAUCGGAUUGGCGUGUUCUAUGGAAUCACCGAGGGAUCGAAUGGACAUGAGUAAGGUUGUCCAUGAGCUGCACAAGAUUAAGAUGUUCUUCGGGAACUAAAUGUUUUGUAAUUUUAUUGAUUUUUCAAAUAAUUGUAUUAAAAUAGUAUAU